AUCACAUCCUUCAUUUAAUUAUUUUCCAUUUUAUAUUUCAGUCGCUUGCUUCUUUCACUGAAAAGUGAGAGCCAUUACAACCCUCCAACUCCUUUCAAUUUCGUUUGGAGUACUUCAUCACCUCCAACCAGGGAAGCUCAUAAGAGGAAUGAUGUGGGCAAUUAUAAGGCGAAAAGUUGCUUCUGGUAGCUCGUCAGCUUCGGGCAUACAACAGUCAUUGGGGAGAAUUCGACCGGCAAUGAUGACACCAGCGUCGCGGAGUUACAUUGCUACUACCAGAGUCAACAAGACACCAAUUCUUGGAAGAGGAGCAAAACUUGUGCAACACUUUCGUUUCCAUGGUUGUGAAGUGAAUUUGAAGCUUGUAAGAGUAUCAUUUUUAACAAAAGAUUUCCCCAUCCAGAUGCAGAGUAGAUCAUUCUCUUCAGACAAUGGUGAUCUUGUUGAUGCUGUUGUGCCUUUUAUGGGUGAAUCUAUUACUGAUGGCACUCUAGCAAAGUUUUUGAAGAACCCUGGUGAUCAUGUACAAAUUGAUGAACCAAUUGCCCAAGUUGAAACUGAUAAGGUGACAAUUGAUGUUGCAAGCCCUGAAUCUGGUAUCAUCCAAAAGUUUGUGGCCAAAGAAGGUGAUACUGUGGAACCAGGAACAAAGAUAGCUGUCAUUUCAAGGUCUGCUGAAGCUGUGACACAUGUAGCUCCAUCAGAGAAGGCUCCUAGCAAGGCGGCAUCUGUGCCAGCUCCUGCAGAAAAGGAGGUGGACAAGCUGAUGCCCAAAGCAGAAACUUCUCUAUCCAAGGAGACACCUAAGGGAAAACCCAAAACACCUUCUCCACCACCUAAACCCAGGGCCACGGAACCUCAACUUCCCCCAAAGGAAAGGGAACGAAGAGUUCCGAUGACAAGACUCAGGAAACGUGUGGCAACACGUUUGAAAGACUCACAAAAUACUUUUGCAAUGUUGACUACAUUCAAUGAAGUUGAUAUGACUAAUUUGAUGAAGCUCCGUUCUGAAUACAAAGAUGCCUUUUUAGAGAAGCAUGGAGUCAAGUUAGGACUUAUGUCCGGAUUUGUCAAAGCUGCUGUUAGUGGGCUUCAGAAUCAGCCAAUCAUUAAUGCUGUCAUUGAUGGGGAUGACAUCAUUUAUAGAGAUUGCGUUGAUAUUAGUAUUGCUGUUGGUACACCAAAGGGUCUUGUUGUCCCGGUUAUUCGCAAUGCUGACGGAAUGAACUUUGCUGAGAUAGAGAAGGAGAUCAACACCCUUGCAAAGAAGGCAAAUGAUGGCUCUAUAUCAAUUGACGAGAUGGCUGGCGGGUCAUUCACAAUAUCAAAUGGCGGUGUUUAUGGAAGCCUAUUAAGUACCCCGAUCAUUAAUCCACCACAGUCGGCAAUCCUGGGCAUGCAUUCCAUAGUGAACCGUCCAAUGGUUGUUCAGGGUGAAGUUGCGUCAAGGCCAAUGAUGUACAUUGCACUAACUUAUGACCAUAGGCUGAUUGAUGGAAGAGAGGCUGUCUUCUUCUUGCGCCGCAUCAAAGAUGUUGUGGAGGACCCUCGGAGGCUGCUUCUUGACAUAUGAAGACUGCAGAGUCAACUUCACCAUUUUUCUUGUUGGUAAUCUUGAAAUUUGGUAUACUCGGUUUUGCUCAAGAUGCAUAAUGUUUAUAUCCUAAAGUUAGAACUUAAUGAGGUUAUGUUGUCCAGCAUUAAGUGGUUCGGUUGUUACCCACAGUGAUCGAGUUUUCGGAUGAGAGUUAACUGAUUACUGCAUACUUCCCUAAUAUGACAACAAGGGUUCUAGUCUGUGUUCUGUUCGGAAGCCAGAGGGCACUUGAAUGAAAAAUGAAUCAUCGGUGGUUCGAGUUUGUUUAGUGGCAGUAAGGCCCUCAAAGAAAAAUGAAUGAUUUGGUUGCUGAUAUGAAUUUUUCGGUACGGUUCUUAAAGAAAACCUGUUUACCACCCGCAUUUCAUGAAUUAUGGACUUAAAUCAAGUUAUUAAGAAUUUGUUUCUGCUUGAAGUUAAGUUCUGUUUUACAGUAAACUGUAUAACGCCUGUGAAGCCUGGGAUUGAAGCAAUAAUUGUAUGAAGAAAUACGAAGUUAGGGCAUGGACUAUGGAGUGAAAUUUUGUAACAUUCCUUUGAUUGUGAAGAGGUUAAAAUUAAGCUUUGUGAAAAAUGAGGAAAAUUUUGAAUUUCAAAACUUCCACUAUUACCAGUUUUGACGAGUGAUUUGUAAGUUAAAUGGAGAGAACUUUGAAAGAUCUUUCCAUAUAUUUCCUUGAUGUACUGAUUUUAUUGUUUUCAUGUUCUUUAAAAGAACAUUUUUCCAAAGCAGUAAUAGUGUUUGAAUC